AUGGAGAGGAAGAGGAAACCAGAUGCGGCGUCUGGCGUGGAGGGUUCGGGCAAGAAGCCCAAGUUGGAUUCCCGAGGGAAGAGCCAGCAAGGUCGAGGCUGCUAUGACAAGUGUGGUAGGACGCACGAGGGGACGUGCAUGGCGGGUAGUUUGGGCUGCUUUAAGUGCGGCCGAACUAGUCUUGUCAGCAGGGAUUGUACUACUACCACCACCACCACAAUAUCUGGUCCGAUUUGCUUCCAGUGCAAUCAAAGGGGCCACAAGAGGUCCGACUGCCCGAGUUUAGCAGCAGCAAGACAGGUGGCGGUUCCCGCUCCUGCUACAUUGAGGAUUACCGAUGGCCGUCAGGGCCGGACUGAGGUGCCUGUGGCGAAGAGUAGAGCCUUCUAG